CCGGUUAGUUGCUCUGGGAGUGGGGACUCCACCCCUUGUGAUCAUCCUCGAGACAAAACUCAGGUGCUCACGGUGAGGCGAGUUCAGAAGCUGUCUUGUCACGCAAGUUCCCGCUCCUACAGCGGGGACACACUAGACUUUUCUCUUGUGGGAACAACUUAACUUUUCACCGAUGGAAGCGUUUUGAAACUUGUUUUUGCCUUUAAGACCCGCCACCCUCCUCACCCACACCAACCACAAAACCAAUAUAACCGAGCGCCAGCACCACCAACACCACCACCACCACCACCAUGAGCUGGGGUGCCCUCUACGCCCAGCUGGGUGGCGUCAACAAGCACUCCACCUCCCUGGGCAAGAUUUGGCUCUCCGUGCUCUUCAUCUUCCGCAUCACCAUCCUGGUGCUCGCCGCAGAGAGCGUGUGGGGUGACGAGCAGGCGGACUUCACCUGCAACACGCAGCAGCCGGGCUGCAAGAACGUCUGCUACGACCACUUCUUCCCGGUCUCGCAUAUCCGCCUCUGGUGCCUGCAGUUGAUCUUCGUGUCCACGCCGGCGCUGCUGGUGGCCAUGCAUGUGGCGUACCGCAAGCGCGGCGUCAAGCGUGACCUGAUUGCCACACGCGGCGGUGACAAGCCCGCAGACGAUGAUCUGGAGAGCCUGAAGAAGCGCCGGCUGCCCAUCACGGGCCCGCUGUGGUGGACCUACACCUGCAGCCUGUUCUUCCGCCUCAUCUUUGAGGCCGGCUUCAUGUAUGCGCUCUAUUUCGUCUAUGAUGGCUUCCACAUGCCACGGCUGGUCAAGUGCGAGGUGUGGCCGUGCCCAAACAAGGUCGACUGCUUCAUCUCCCGGCCCACGGAGAAGACCAUCUUCACCAUCUUCAUGGUGGGCUCGUCGUCCAUCUGCAUGGUGCUCAACGUGGCCGAGCUGGGGUACCUGAUCGUCAAGGCCCUGAUGCGCUGCUCGGCACGCAUGGCCCGCAAGAAGCACUCCUACACGCACGAGAAUGCCAACAAGGACAAGGCCUACUUGCAGAACAAAAAGAAUGAGAUGCUUCUUUCGUCCUCCACAGAGUCCAACAGUGGCAAGGCGGUGUGAAGAAGUACUAGUUUGUUUUUGUUUUUAGGGGGGAGGAGGAGGACACUGUUCUUGUUUUCCCCCCCUCUAAAAGUAGAGGUGUAUGAAGAUUUUACAUGAAGUAUUCAGUAUUUUAAGUGAGAUCAUUUUAGGUUUUUUUCCCUUUUCAAUUUUAUUUUAAUACAUUUCCAUUGGGCCUUCAGAUUUGCAAGUGCCAGAUGUGGGAAGAGUUGGCCUAUGUGAAGGAUUAAUCAACGUUGCUACUGUUUUUAGCUUCUCCAUCUUUUGUGUAGAUGGAUUAUGCGUGCGCGUGUGUGGAGAAGAGCAAUGAAUGUUAUGUGGUUUACAUGAAGGAGAAUUACUGUAAGGUCACUUGGGUGAUGUGGAAUGCCUUCCUCUCCCAUUGCAAUUACAUGACCUUACAUUUAAGCAUGUGAAGUGGACUUGUAGCGACACCUAAUGGCAACUCUCAGCCAUAGCCAUUUCACAGUAGUUGAGCCAUUUUCUUUUAUUUGCUGGAGAGAAAAGCCAAACUUCUGAAAUGUUUUUGUAGAAAUGCUUUAUGUCUUACCACCAUGUUAUGUCUGUUCUAAAAUGCAUAGUUCUUGCCUUAGUCACUAAGGCUUAGUUUGUCUGAUCACUGAUGUCGGGCAAAGGUUGUUGUAUACUGCAAGCCACUUUAAAGAUAAACAUCACUUUCUUUGGAA